AUGUACUCCAGCUUCUCUCCCUCAGGUAUCCCUUCUCUUGUGAAGACGCCAACGGUUCUGCCACAACACGCUCUCCCGACUGCUGCUUCAACACUGACCAGGUAUAAGAAAUACUGUACCGGAGAGCGGCACACGGGGCAUGGUCUUUCGUGCUCAGCGCGCAGCUCACGUAAUUGCGUCCUAGGAGUCGAGCUUGAAGUUUGGCGCACGUUUACCUAUUGGCGCGCUCGAACUACGAAGUCACAGCACUCCGGAAUAAACUGCCCCCCUGCUGCCUGCAACGACGGGUGGGGCCACCAGGAUCUCGAUGGAUAUGUUCAGUGCAUCCAUGGCCUCAACUUCAGCCUCAGACGCCUAGCCCCCCCCCAGCCGAAAUCCCGGCCUCAGACGCUAUCAGAGGGAGAAGAGUCUAGGGUAACAACAUCGGGCCGAACAAGCAUUGUAGGCAAAUACUAUCCGCAUACGAUGCGCCUAUGGUCCGAAUUCGACGAUAUAUAUCGGCAAUCCUUUUCCCGCAUUCAGGCAGCUCUCAGUGACAAACGCGUCUUCCCGUCCGUCAUCAAUAUGCGCGCCCUCGCUGAGCAGAUUCAGAUUAGACUGCCCCUCGAAUUCUUAGGGUCAGAAGCAUUUCUCAACGAGAUGAAGACGUCCCAGUUCAUCCACGACACUCUCCAGAUGCCCGUCCAGAGAAUCAUCAACGCGUACCUCGAAGCUUGUGGCCAGCAGAAGAAAGUCUUCUUCGACAACUAUACCUCUGGAUGGGGCAAGGGCUCGGCGCAGACUUCGGCCAUGAGCGAGGAUGGUGGUGAGCCCGGGACCCAGGCUGCUGCUAGGCCGCCACCCAAGACGCAGCCCGACUGCUAUGUGCUUGCGACCAAUGCUAUAGCCCUGCCUGCAGGUAUAGGCGGCCCGGAUGACGACGUCGAUGCCACGCACCAUUCAUUUAUCGGGGACAUCUUAGCCGAUGGCUCUUCGCAUAACGUCUAUCGCAUCAGUCUAUCAGAGCACAAAGCCUUCCAUCGGCUACGUACGACAGCCGUGGCGAGCUACGCCAUACCCGAGGACUACAUGGUGCAAUUGGCCCGCGUCGCCUCUAGACAAGCGACGGGGACUGAGCAGGAAGACGCGGUCCGUCAAGCCGAAAGGGGCGCCCCUGGUCAAGUCUUCUACGCCCGCGCACUGACCCAAGCGUUCCACUACAUGGCCUCGUCAGGCGUGGAGUUUGGAUAUAUGGCUACUGGCGAAACCCUCACCUUCUUACGUUACGUCGCCGAGGCAGGGGAUGACAGGCAGCUGUCGGAUGAUGAGCGGGCGCGCCUUGCUGUGUCGAUGCUCUCGGCCAUCACUCUGAUGGCACUUGAAACGGCACCUAGCCAAGUGCGUCAGCGUGACUUCAAUCUUUCCCAGCUGACUCACUUCCCCCAACUGCCGGCCUCUAGCACGGCAGCAUCAAGCCCCGGAGGCAGCUCGGUGUCACGCAAACGGCGUCGCCGCGACGACAGUGACCAAGACAGCGCCGAUGACGACAGCUCCAGGGACGACGGCGACGACGACGACGCACGCUCUACAUCGAGCAACUUGGGCAUGCCGGCUAGAGGACGUCGCCGACAUAGCUCGCCGCUCAAGAAGCAAUGGAACAUGUCGGACGCCGAUGACGGUCAGAAGCGCGCAGGAGCGAAGAGGAAACGUGGCGGCGAUCAACCUACGCAGCCCCAGCGGCCAGGAAAAUCCGGCCUACGGAGGUGGGACGUUAAAGGGAAUAAGCCGACAAAACCGACGCGGCCUAACUGGCGUGACCCGUCGACGUUCCGUCCUAUCCGGCCCUUCUGCACCCAGGGAUGCCUACGUGGGCUCAUACACGGCGAAGAGAUGGAUGCUAGCUGCCCCAAUCUCCUGCUACACAUACAAGCGGCACAGCGCGAUUCCAGGUCCUGGCGGCCGUCGAUCAAGCAUCCGUUAACACCAGACGAGCUCCGCGAACUAGUGCAGCUACAGCUCCUGUCCAACGCUGAGCAGGACUGCGACUGCCUGCUAUCUCGAGGUCUAGCGGGUGCGAUCGGCUGUCUCUUCAAGAUCACCGCCACGGGGUACGGGUACACAUUUGUGGCUAAGGGAGUAGAGGAGUGGAACAGCUAUCGGCUACUACGUGAGGUCGGCGUAUACGAGGGUCUCGUAGAGCAGCAGGGGUCGACGAUACCAGUAUGCCUCGGCUUAGUGCCGCUACUCCUACCAUAUCCCAUGGACAACGGCGCGCUCGUGACGCAUAUGCUUCUGAUGUCAUUUGCGGGUCUGGGACUACACGCUCGAAGCACUCAAUGGCUCGCUAAGAAAGGUCACGUCGACCUCGAGCGGGAGUCGGAGCGCACUCUUCAGGAGCUGAGAGCCCACGGCCUUGUCGAUCGAGACGAUGUAAGCAAUGGUAACCUGACAUGGAAUCGCGAGCUGCAACGCGUCAUGAAGAUUGAUUUCGACCACGCCUCCAUCAACAGGCCCGAAGCCCUCGGUCUAGUCAGCAAGGCAAGCCCGGCAACGAGUCUCGGAAGCUCUCGCUACUCUAGAGUGCUGCUUCCGGGCCGCAUGAAAGCGAGACUGCCUAGCGACAGGAGGGCAUGGGAUGACGGCGAGCGUGACCGAGGCCCCUCAAAAUUGCUGCGAAACGCGCGUCGGUCAGACGCUUUCAUCGCUAGUCUUCUGAUUGAUGCGUCUAUGUAA